AUGAGGAUCGCAAAAACGCUCCUCUCGCUGGCCUUGGUGGCUAAUGCCGCCAUUGCGAGCUCCUGGCUCUCUAAUGAAGCAUACAACAAAUGGCACGAGACAGAGCUCGAGCGGUGGCUCUCCGACAACGACAUCCCCUACCCGACUCCGGCCGACCGCAAGGAGCUAGAGAAGCUCGUGCAGAAGAACUGGGACACUCAUGUGGUUUCCCCCUACCAAAAUUGGGACACGGACAAGCUCAGUAGUUAUCUGAAGCAGAAGGGCGUUGAGACAAAGGAUUCUGCCGGCCAGGGCCGUGAUUAUCUCAUUAACCAGGUCAAGAGCGUCUGGUAUGAGCCUGAGGACAAGGCUCGGGGCGCCUGGACCAACGUCAAAGAUUGGAUCCUGGACACUUGGACCGACAGCCAACUCAAGGCAUUCUGCGAUCAUCAUGGUAUUCCAGUUCCGCAGCCGCGUAAGCGAGAUACUCUCCUCGAGAAGGUCCGUAGCAACUACGAGACCAUCGCCCAGAAGGCUGGCGAGACGAUCUCCUACCCUGGAAAUUGGCUCUACGAGAGUUGGUCUGAAUCUGAUCUGAAGGAAUGGCUUGACACCCACGGCUUCCCGGCGCCCCAGCCGACUACACGUGACAAGCUUAUUGCUUCCGUUCGUCGCAACUCCCGCCUUGCAUACUUGCGCAUGCAGGAGCAGGCGGCGGCCACGCAGAAGAGUACACAGGACACCUACAGGGCCCUUACCGAUAAGCUCAUCGAUUCAUGGAGCGAGUCUCAGCUCAAGGAAUUCUGUGACAAGAACGGCAUUCCAGUUCCCCAAGGCACUAAGCUCAACCAUCUGCGUGCCCUUGUUCGCAAGCACCGUGCCGAGAUUCUAGGCGACAACGUCACUGCAUCGGCUACAUCUGCUUUUGGAGCCGCGACUUCUAGUGUUGGGUCGGCAGCCACUAAGGCUACCGAUGCUGCGUCUCGGGCCGCACAGGAGGCCUUCGACCAGGCGGUGAAUACGUGGUCAGAAAGCCGGUUGAAGGGUUUUCUUGAUGCUCGUGGAGUGCCCGUCCCGCAAGGAAGCAAGACCGAAGAACUCCGCGCCCUGGUCCGCAAGAAUGCUCACAAAGCAGCCACGGGCUGGACCGCGUGGACUUGGGACGACUUCUCGUACCAGAACCUCCGCGACUACCUCGCGUCAAGCGGCAACGCGGCGGCGAAGAAAGUAAGCGAGUCGACGGGUGCGACGCGCGAUGAGCUUGUUGAGGCGGCCCAGGCCGCUUACGAGUCUGCCUCAUCGGCCGGCGGCGGCUCGUAUGCCUCGGCUACGAGUUACCUCUCCCGCGCGACCGAUGCGGCCAAGGCGAAUGUGUUUGAGACGUGGAGCGAGAGCGAGCUGAAGGCGUACCUGGAUAGCUACGGCAUCCCGGUCCCGCAAGGCUCAAAGCUGAAUGACUUGCGCGCCAUGGCCCGCAAGCAGUACACCUACUUCAAGUACGGCACUACCACUCCCACUGGGACCAUGAUUGCCAAGCUGCGGGAGACUGUCUGGAACGGAUGGGACUGGGUUGCUAGCCAGCUGAGGAUCGGCGGCAACGUGGCAAAGCAGAAGGCCGACCAGGCUCGGGAGAUGGGUGAGGAUGCUAAGAGGAAGGUGCAGAAGGAGCUUUGA